UUUUGUUUUCGUCCCGACAGAGACCUUACGAAGGACCUGAGCCAAGGGUGGGUUUUUCUCGGUUUUCUCGGUUCCACUGUGUGACUCGAACGAAAAAACAAUCAACUUUUUUGUACGAUCUUUACCGAGUCACCGAGGUGGCCCGUAGGGACGCAUCGCGCAUUCUAGCUGAUUGGAAACUAUGCUUAGAAGAUAGAUCUCAAAUUGUAAUUAAUUGGAUGGCACCCACAAAGACAUUGGCGGGCGACCGAGGAGCGCCCCUGGCACAACGUGUAUGGCGUAAAAUAUGAACUGUUAAUGGAUUGUUUUUAACCGUAAUGCUGGUAGAUGCAUAAGAUUGUUAUGGAAUAGGCGAAAGCGGGAGAACAAAAUCCACAUUGAGCUGGUAAGAGAAAUAUUACACACAAAAAACGAAAAGAAACACAAUUUCAAAACAGUAGAGUCAAGUUCUAAAACGGCUGUGUAGAUAAGCGAAACAGUGGAACGGGCGCGUUCAAAUGGCCGCGGCUUCUCUGCCACACUACCGCGCGAGAUGCAGUAGCCGAUAAACGGAAGAUAAAGCGAACCCAAUAUUGGACCUAUAUUACCAAGUGUUACUAGCGAAUAGAGAAUGCAGUGUUUUGUGGGCAAACGUACGAUGGAAAAGUGGUUAAACUUUGAUGUUCGAUGGAAGAAACCGUAGAGUAAGACGGAGGCAAAAGUGGCUAAAAUACAAAACUGAUCAUGGUUGGGCAGAGCAGAGCCGAAUUGGCUGGAGCGGCCACCGCCAAGCUGUAUGUGUACCGCACCAUUAGCGGGCUCUGCUCUGCAGCAUUCUAACCGGAGGCCGUAGUUCGUUGAAUCAUUGGUACAAUUUGAUGCGUGAUGGGGCUGGUCGCAAUGCCCGAGCAGCCGGCCAGUAGCCUGUUGGCCUGGUAGUAUUUGGUGUAAAUAUAUUUUUAAAAACCGGACCGAACAAGACUUAACGUUCCCUGACGUUCCCCCAGAGCCCAGAGCCGUAGUAGGAAAAGUAGUCAAUACAAUUACAAAACGUGUCGAAAGUGUUGAGUGUGUCGAUGUGCAUGUGUGUGUGCAUGAGUGUGUGUGUGUUUGGAAAACAAGUAGAUCCUAUAUGAUAAUAUUAAAGGUAAAUAAAAGUAACUUUACGAAGGCGGUAGCAUAAAGCCUUUAGCGCAGGAAGGAACUCAAAAAUAUGACGCGAAAGCCCAGACCGGCUCACAAACCCUGGGUGGGUCGGCGCCAGGGCGGCGCAGAGAUAUAUUCUCCUCCUUCCUACGUAUAAGAACCUUUCGAUUCCCAUUAAAAUUAGCUCGUUCUUUUCCGAUGAUAAUAAGUUGGACACUACUAACCAGGCACGCAAGCAGCAGCCACAACGUGGCAUAACUGAGGAUAGGCCGAAUAAGAAGUAACCUAAUAAUCAGCAGCUAGUCGCUUGCAGAGGGAGGAAAAAAGAUGGACAAACUUUACGAUACUACCCCUAUAGAGCGGAAGAGUGCAGCCAGCGGCAGCUUUAAGGUUUAACGGAAGACUUCACGCACGUGUGCGAAUCGGUUAACAUCCGCCCGGAAGUGGGCAACCAAAGCAAGUCGUGCAAUCCAUGUUGAACUUCUCGCAGCAAGCGAUGACUGAUCGAGCUCCGAGCAGGAUACCGCUACUCGAGAUAGAACAGGUUCAGGUUCGAGCGCUCGAUUGAAACGAUGAAGCUUAAUGAUUCCUUCCUUGCCCGCUGCCAACCGGUUCGGAGUGUCUGACUGAAGCAGGCGGACAACACGACCCGGCUUUUGGCGGCAAAAGCACACACAAACACACACUGAAUUGAAGCAAAACUAGAGGAAAUAUCCUUAUCCACUACAUAAGUGCACGCUGUAACGACGGUUCCACAAUCGGUUCAAUCUUACAACCGGUAGAAGCAAACAUUUUUAUUGUCCAAGCAACCAUUGGCUCAAGCGAAAACAAAAUUAUAUUACGGCACACAAUUUCCCAACCUGCCCCGCUGUCCGAAACUGACGCAAAAGCAAAAGUAUCAAAACUAUAAAGAGAAAACUUUAAUAGAGACGAAUUGUAUAAAGCCGAAAGCUGUACGAGAGCUACAAAACUCAAUAAGAAU